GCUUAUCGUUUUCCGUUUAGAGCACUGGCCGUUCGAUCCUGAAAUCGACUUCUGGCAGUGUGUGACAAACGUUGGCAUCCCUAAUGUUUAUAUCGCCGUGUAUACUACAUUGGUAGUCUUGGCUCAGUUCGUGGCCCCAUUGGGCAUCAUGAUGGUUGCGUAUGGGCUCAUCUUCAUGAAAGUGCGACAAAAGAUCGUCAUGAAAGAAACCAGCGAGAAUCUGUCAGAGAUGCGUCAAGCUCGCUCCAAGCUGUUCCUUCGAGCCCAGAGACGUACAGUGCGCAUGGCAGUCGCCAUUUUUAUCGUGUUUGCCAUCAACUGGUUACCCUACGCCAUCUUUGGUCUUUGGUAUGUCUGGUUCCCAGGCCAAACUUAUAACAUGUACGUGUUUGAGGUGGCUUUCAUGUUUGGUCUGUCUAACUCCUGCUUCAACCCACUCAUCUAUGGAGCUUGUAACGUGCGGUAUUGUCACAAGAUCUGCGCCUGUUUUGGGAUCCGUUCCAAGCCAGGCAUGGACACGAGCCACUCAGACCGCUCCAACAAGACGACUAUGUACUCCGUGCGUUGGCAGUCAUCUAAAGGAGGUAACAACACACACAAGAAUAAUAAUAAGGACAAUAGCUGGACUAAAGGCACAGCUGCUGUACCACCUGAGAGGCAACAGAUGAUCACAACAACAACCUGAAGUAUUAAAUCACUAAAUGACGUCCAGUAUUGUUGAUGGUUGUUCAUGUUCAGUUGUUACAACAGAUCAUUUAAUCCGCAUUGUAAAUAGAGCGGUUUCCAUAGUUUAAAACAAAGGCAUUGAAUGACGGGUCUCUAGGUGCUUCAGCAAAAAAAAA